GCAGCCGACAGAGUACCUCACUGGGGACAAAUAUGGUUCAUGGACAGAUGGUGUCGGCUCUGCUGUUGGCGGUGAUGGCCUCCACGUGUCACCAGGCGAUCUGCGGCCACGCCCACUCCUACGCCCACCAGACGGGUCCUGUGGUGGGUCCCGCCCACCCAGUCACCGUGGGACACGCCGGCUAUGGGGGAUACGGGCACGGUCACGGAGGGCACAGUGUGGACUACGUGGCGUACCCGAAGUACGAGUUCGAGUACGGGGUGUCUGACGGGCACACAGGGGACCACCACUCCCAGAAGGAGCACCGCGACGGAGACGUGGUGACUGGCGAGUACUCGCUCAAGGAGGCGGACGGCAGCGUGCGCACCGUCAAGUACCACGCCGACAAGUCCGGCUUCCACCCCGUUGUGCACAACUCGCAUCACGGUUACGGGGCUGCUGUGGGAGGUGCUGGACCAAGACGUGGGUAUGGAUACUACUGAAGGUGUCCCGCUGGGUUCCACAGCAUAUCGACAGCAUUCCUGUAAUGGACGUAUCGAUGGAUGUUUUAUGUUAACAUCUUAAUGUCAAUAACUGUUCAUUAUUAUUCCAUUGAAUACUCUUUCUUGAUUGUGGUAUUGAUAUAAUCUGAUGAUAACACAGUGAAAUUUCUAUCACUGAAGA